AUAUUAAUAUAAUAUGCCAUUUUGGAGGCAAGUCUUGGUGAUGAGAUUAAUCAAAUAUGAAAUGUAUUUAGAAUGUGUCUUUACAUGGUAUUUUAGUACAGUGUAGAGGUUUUCAUAAAGCAUAAUUCAGAUCCUACAUGAAAUCCUAAUGAUGUGGUUAAUUGGAGGCAGCUCCUUGGGGUGAAUCGACUUUGUGUUUAGCACAUAUUACCUCCUAUUUACCCCACAGGGAUGAUAAUAGAUGUGUUUAGAAUCAAAGCUGUGUUGUGAUUUUAAAAUGGAUACAAUGACACUGUGGAAAGUCUGUUAAAUUGUUGCCUUACAUCCAAUUUUCAAUCUUUUUUUUUUUACGAGUAGGCAACUGGGUACACUCAUGUAAAGAUUUGAUUUCUCAUUUCACAUCAUGUUUAAAGACCAACUACACUACACUACAGCAACUGGUUUCACAAAUAUGUUCCUCAGGUGUUGAAAUUAUAUGGAAACGGUCUGUGCUACUGGCCAAAUGGGACAGCAGCUGCUUGAAAUGUGAAUUUAUAUGUAAAGUUAAUUUAGAUUAUGUAAACUAAUGAUUUAAAAAAAAUUAAUUGUCUGUCUUCUGUUUGAUCGUUUUAUCAAUGUUUGGCUGAGCAGGUCUGAAAGCCUCAACAUGACGUGUGCAACUGUUGCCUUCAAGUGCUAACGGACGGAUCGGGGUCGAGAAAAAGAGUCUCGAAUAUAUCGAUCAACCUCAUCUCACACAUCCAUGGUCCGAUACCAUCUUUCAUUAUUGAAGAGCAGGGCCUAUUAGCACCUGUGAUUUUAAUUCUCAUAAAUGUAAAUAAUUAAAAUAAAAACACUGCUGCAGGAUAGAAAAGCAGGAUAGCUACAUUAAAUUAUAAAUUGGGUGGUUAAAUUCAAAAGUUAAUAUAUUUAAUCAAAUGCGCGGUUUGUUUGUAAUUGGGAUUUGGAAAAGUGCUGUAAACAGAGUUUGUGGUUAAAUCAUAUGUUUUGGUGUCCAGAAGAGGAAGAAGAAACCAACAAUCUGAUGACACUGGGAAGCGACUACAGUACGUGAACGCAGCACAGCUACCGAGACCGUGAAUAAAUAAAAGCUGUCGACUCGACAACAAUGACAAGAAAACUCUGUUUUACACCGUGACCGGUUUUUUAACUCUUAGAUUAUGUGAUAUUAUAAUAUGUAACGGUGCUGCUGUUGUUAGUAUGAAGAAUAAAACAAAGCCAAAGUUUUGGAAAAGACUAGUUUCCCAAACCACGUCAACUCAUCUGUCGUGGCACACAGAGGAGUCUCUGUGUGAGGGCACAAAGAAACCGAGAAAGACCUAAAAUAUCAGGCUUUCUUUCAAAAUGGACUCAGACGUCUGCUCCACUGAUCAGUCAGAUUCUGCCACUCUUCCUGUUGAUGAAGCCGUUGAGGUCAGCAGACGGUCUGUUGCAGCUCCUCCAGGUUCAGAGGUGGACUCCUACAACCUUAUUGAGCCUCCUCCAUUAGACUGGAGGUCCGACUCCUCCAGUGAGGCGGGCUCAGCAGAUGACCUGGACGACCCUGGCUUCCCUCCUUCUGUUGACAGUCUGGACAAGGCCAGUCCUGCUGAGCCAGUAUUACUACCUUUGAGUGACAUUGUGGCUGCGCUCGACCCGAACCUACAGGAGCUUGUGGGAAAUAUUGCACAGCCAGUCCAGGAUUUUCAGGUUGAAUUGAAAGAAGAGGAUGAAGCAAUUGAAGAAGAAGAGGUGAGGGUUGAGGACUUGGAGGAUGUUGGGGGAUACCAUGAGGAGGAAUGUGAUGUGGAGAAUAGGGUGAGUGAAGAGGAGGUGGAGGUCGCUAACAGGAGAUCAGGUGAUGAAGACCACAGCCGCAUCCACACCCUGCUCAGCCAGCUCCAGCUGAUGGGGGAAGAGCCUCAUCCCAGCUGCCGGACACCCCCUCACCUCACCCAGCAUCAGUACACCAGCCAGUCUGAGCUGGAGGCGUGUUCUCCCUCCUUAAUAGCAGACGACAGUACUGAAUCCACCGGGCUGCUGUUCUCUGAAAGCCACCAGAGAGACCUGCUGGGGCUUCUGCAGUUCACAGAGAUCAGCGCUACAUCCAGUCCCACCUCUCUGCCCUACAGAGGAGACGUGGACGCUGUAGUAUCAGUUUCUUACAGCCAGGAAGACGGUCAAAAGUUCUGGGGGCAUUAUGGGAACGGUCAACAGCAGCUACACAGGGAGGACUCCCUGCCUGAUGAUGAGUAUCCUGAGCCUGUGUGGAUGAAGCUGGGCGAGGAGCCUCCGGAGGAAGAGGAAGCUGCUGCAGAGAGCGAGCAGAGUGCUGAUCAUCCUUCAUAUAAAGAUGUGCCCGGUCCGUGUGACCCUGAAGACUUGUUGGAUGGAGUGAUAUUUGGUGCCAAGUACCUGGGAUCUACUCAGAUCAAAUCAGAGAAGAACCCGUCUACAAACGCCCGGAUGACGCAGGCUCAGGAGGCUGUGGACCGCAUUAAGGCUCCAGAGGGAGAGUCCCAGCCAAUGACAGAGGUGGAUCUGUUCAUCUCAACCCAGCGAAUCAAAGUUCUCACUGCUGACACUCAGGAAGCCAUGAUGGAUCACGCUCUGCAGAUGAUCUCUUACAUUGCAGACAUUGGUAAAAUUGUCGUUCUGAUGGCACGAAGGAAACGUAAAGCACAGGAAGGUGACCCAGCCUCUAACUCUUCCUCUUCAGCCGCCUCUGGUCAGAAGAAGUGCUUAAUGAUCUGCCACGUCUUCUUCUCUGACGAUGCUCAGGUUAUCGCCCAGGCUAUCGGUCAGGCUUUUGGAGUGGCGUACCAGCAGUUUCUUCAGGUCAGCGGCAUCAAGGCCAGCGAUCUGAGGCCUGGCCAGUACAGUGACUACCUGGAAAGUCAGGAGCUCUAUAACGGAGACCUAGCCCACUUCUCGGACUCUCAGAACAUCCGAGACGUAGCCAUCACCAAGGCUUCCGGAGAGAUUUUGGGUCUGGCGGUGGUGGAGUCAGGCUGGGGCUCCAUCCUGCCCACAGUGGUGGUGGCCAACCUCCUUCAUGGAGGAGCUGCUGAGCGCUGCGGUGAGCUCAGCAUAGGGGACCGCAUCAUGUCUGUCAACAGCACCAGCAUGGUGGGUCUGCCUAUCACCACCUGCCAGAACAUCAUCCGGGACUUAAAAAGCCAAAAGUUUGUGAAGCUCAGCAUUGUCCACUGCCCGCCAGUCACCAUGGCGAUUAUUAGGAGGCCAGAUCCCAAGUUUCAGCUGGGGUUCAGUGUGGAGGAUGGCAUUAUCUGCAGUCUGAUGCGGGGCGGUAUAGCAGAGAGAGGAGGCAUUCGCGUCGGACAUCGCAUCAUUGAAAUCAACGGGCAGAGUGUCGUCGCCACUCCGCACGACAAGAUCAUCCAGAUCCUGACCAAUGCUGUCGGAGAGAUUCACUUGAAGACCAUGCCAGCCUCAACAUACCGACUCUUAACAGGACAAGAGCAGCCCGUGUUUCUUUGAGCACUUCCUGCUGCCUCAAGGAAAAAAACAUUGCACAGUGUUCAAACCUGGACUUUUGCCAAACUAAGGAAAUAUUAUGCAAUUGAACAUACAGCAAAUUACACGCUGUUGUCACACCACUGAAUACAACAAACUAGUCUAGCUAUAUAUUUUUAAGAUGUAAAAUACAUUAUAAUAUUGUUAAAGCAUAUUUUAAAGUGACAGGGAUAGAUGGUCGUGCUCCAUUUAUAUUUAUCUGAUAUUUAACAAUGCAGGCAGUAGCUGAGAUACAAUAAUUCAUAAGCAGAAUAUAUUUUGACUUCACUAACUUUACAUGGUGGGGAAUGGUGUUUAGUGUACUAUACUAGAGUUGUUGGUCUUCCAGCUUGGUGCGUUGCCAGUGUGCCUCAGUUGAACGUGCUUGCAGGGGAAACCUUAUUGAAUCAGGACAAAGAGUCUACGUAUUUUAUUGUGAUGUACUUCCAGUCUGUCACGUACACAUGCAUAUCAACAAUACUUCACGGACUGUGCCUGACAGGAAGUGUAUAUCUUGCACGAUUAAAGGUAACUGCCUUAUUUCAUAGAGAGAGAAAGAGAUGCUUAUAUUUUUAUUAAAUUGAUGUUUUGGAUGUUUAUUAAAAUAAUGUGUAAGAUA